GGGGCGCACACUGCCGCAAAGCGGAAGCGCGGCGCUUAGGGGGAACCGGCGCCCGGAAGGUCAGCGUGUGAAGGAGGCGCUAGCAACCCGGGGGUUACCCGCUGUUAUUGAGGAGCAACGGCCCAGCGGACCACCCAGACUCGAGACAGCGGCGGGAACCACUCGGUUUGCUGAGAUACCAUGGAAGGAGGCGGGGGAAGCGGCAACAAAACCACAGGGGGAUUGGCCGGCUUUUUCGGAGCCGGCGGAGCAGGUUACUCGCACGCGGAUUUGGCUGGCGUCCCGCUAACUGGUAUGAACCCUCUGUCUCCUUAUUUAAAUGUGGAUCCGCGAUACCUCGUGCAGGAUACAGAUGAGUUUAUUUUACCUACUGGAGCUAAUAAAACCCGGGGCAGAUUUGAGCUGGCCUUCUUUACGAUUGGAGGAUGUUGCAUGACAGGGGCUGCGUUUGGGGCAAUGAAUGGUCUUCGGCUAGGAUUGAAGGAAACCCAGAACAUGGCCUGGUCCAAACCAAGAAAUGUACAGAUUUUGAAUAUGGUGACCAGGCAAGGGGCACUUUGGGCUAAUACUCUAGGUUCUCUGGCUUUGCUCUAUAGUGCAUUUGGUGUCAUCAUUGAGAAAACACGAGGUGCAGAAGAUGACCUUAACACAGUAGCCGCUGGAACUAUGACAGGCAUGUUGUAUAAAUGUACAGGUGGUCUUCGAGGGAUAGCACGAGGUGGUCUGACAGGACUAACACUUACCAGCCUCUAUGCACUGUAUAAUAACUGGGAGCACAUGAAAGGCUCCUUGCUCCAACAGUCACUCUGAAGAUUUUGCCAACUCAUGAAUGGAGGACACUUAGUAUCUAGAUCAUUUUAUAAGACAGUCUGGAGUUAUCCUCCCUCUCCUACCUACAAUUAGUUUGAAAAAUUGGAGAUUUUGAUUUGCUGUGAUGAAAAUCCUGGAUGGUUGACCAAGACUGGCACUUGUUCCAGCCAUUAGUGAGUUGAAGCCAAAGGCCUUUGGUGACUGAGAACCAUGGUUCUCUUCUCUGGAGAAGAUCUUGCACAUCUCUCUUCUCCUCCCCCAUGAACUAGAAAACCACUUACUCCCAGAAUUCAGGUCGUGCUUGUCAGUACUAUAUCACCGUCUGUUCAUUUAAUGAUCCAAAACUGUAAUGUUGCACUGUAUUCCAAAUAAAGGGUAAAAACAGAACUAAAGUUGUAACUCUAACACA